ACGUUCAAGAAGGUAGCUGUGAAUCUACAUUUUUACCCUCUUCAUGUGUGCAGCAUUAUUAUUAUCAUUUUUAUUUUUUAGUUGAUAAUCCUGGGCUUGACUAAACUGUUGUCAUUUCAGCGUUUCCAUGGAGACUGUGGGCAAACUUCUGUCCAGCUUCUUCAAGGAGGACAAAAGCAGAUUAAGUGUUGAGGCCACACUGCUCAUGGCGGAGAUGCUGAAAAUAUUCGUCCAAGAGGCAGCCGUGCGCUCGCAGAAACAAGCCGAAAGCGAGGACUGUGACCGAGUGGACAUUGAGCACUUUGAAAAGAUCCUGCCGCAGCUGCUGCUGGACUUCUAGCUGCCACAUGAUGGCGCCAGAGUGUUUCAUGACUGGUACUUAAAAAGAAAAAAAUUGUUUUAAUUCCAAUUCUGUCAUUCCCGACUCCCCUUCCAAAAGAAGCCAAUAAACACCUCCCCCCUGCCUUGUUUUUGUUUUGAGCCGUGUGCGUGUUGCGAGCGCCCCCACCACCUGUGCUCCCCUGCGCGACAACAGGUGCUCCCAGCAUGCUCGGCGGGCGCCCCGCAUCAAAGCCUGCCGGAGCAGUUGGAAGCAAUUAGAGUAAUAAGGGGAGCAGCUAGUCUCUUAGAUGAUGACAAGUGCCAGGAACCCAAAAAAAGGAAAAGACGUACCCCCUCUAGCCACUUUGAAGUUCCCUUUUGCUGUCCUGCGAUGUUUAGUUAGAGGUGGAGGGAAGGCCAAAGGGGAGCUCUGGCGCAGGGGGAAAGUUGAACGCGUGUGUGUGUAUACGUGUUGGCCAAACACGGCCCGAGAGACCACACGCAUAGACAUUCUGUUUGAAGGGAAACAUAACAAAACACAGUGCAACACGGUCCAAAGAGGUGCAGGGUGUCAUUGUGAAGGUAAAUAAACACCAAACAAA